GACCGGCUGACUGCGCAGGCGCCCGGGGGCGGUACUGCGCGUGCUCGGUGCGCUCGGGGGCCUCCGCUCUGCGCAGCCCGCGAGGGGUCGGAAUGCUCCUGGAACUCAACGAGCUCCUCGGCACCUCCCCCGACGCGGCGGAGCAGGGGAAACUGACUCUACUCUGUGAUGCCAAGACAGAUGGCAGUUUCCUUGUGCACCACUUCCUCUCCUUCUACCUCAAAGCGAAUUGUAAAGUCUGCUUUGUGGCACUCAUCCAGUCCUUCAGUCACUACAAUAUCGUGGGGCAGAAGAUGGGUGUCAGCCUGACCACGGCACGGGAACGCGGACAGCUUGUGUUCCUCGAGGGUCUCAAGUCCUCCGUGGAUGUCUUCUUCCGGCCACGGGAGGAGCCACACCCCUUACAGUUCCUCAGGGAGGCCGAUGCCGGGAGCUUGCAGCCACUCUUUGAGUUCGUGCAGGAGGCCCUGAAGCCCGUGGCUAGUGGGGGAGCUGCGUGGAGGUGGCCGGUGCUGCUGGUGGAUGACCUCAGUGUGCUGCUGAGCCUGGGCGUAGGGGCAGUGGCCGUGCUGGACUUCGUGCACUACUGCAGGGCCGUUGUGUGCUGCGCACUGAAGGGGAAUGUAGUGGCCCUUGUCCACGACAGUGGAGGUGCUGAGGAUGAGGAGGACGCCCUCCUGCUGCAUGGCCUCGGUCACCAGAGCGACCUGAUCCUGCGGGCUGAGGGCCUGGCCACCGGCUUCUGCAGGGACGUUCAUGGGCAGCUGAGGAUCCUGUGGAGGAGACCGUCACAGCCCACAGCGCAGCAGGGUCGGAGCCUCACCUACCAGUACAAGAUACAGGACAGGAGCGUGUCCUUUUUUGCCAAAGGGAUGUCUCCUGCCAUUCUGUGACCUGGCCAGCAACCGCUGCUGCUCCCUUGGGCUGUUUGAGGGUGUGAAAGCUGACACAGGGGAGUGGGUCUUUACGCCUCUGCAGCGGUAUUUCAGGCUGCACCAGCAGCUACGGGCGAGGGACCGCUGCUGCGCCAGUGUGUGCGAAUACGCCUGAGGGAGCCACGGCCCACCUCUGCCUGGAGGGCUGCUGUGUGUCUCAGCCGGGUGAGAAGGGUCCUCUGAUCCUCCAUGUAAAGACAUUAAUCCCAGCAGCCCCAUUUUGGUGCCUGUGCCUUUCAGAGCCAGAGUGGCCGUGGAUGUGCCAUCCAGGAGGCAGUCCCGGCUGGCAGGCCUCCUCGCUGGCACCAUGGCUGGCAUAAAGUGAGCUCCCACAUCACAGCCUCCCAUC